AGUGUUUCGUUACAAUUUCUUUAUUAUAAAAGUUGGUUUCGUGAGAGCAGUCGUCCCAUUCAAUCAUUUUAGUUCAGAAGUUCUCGUUCAGAUCUGAGCCUGAGAGCAUCCACUAUUCACUGCAAUGGGGCAAAAGGAAAAGGUUACGACUAUGGUGCUGAAGGUGGAUCUUCAGUGUCACAAAUGCUACAAGAAGGUCAAAAAAGUUCUUUGUAAAUUCCCUCGAGAAAUACGAGACCAGAAAUACAACGAGAAGCAAAACCAAGUGGUGAUCAAAGUGGUAUGCUGCAAUCCAGAAAAGAUAAGGGACAAGAUUUGCUGCAAAGGUGGGAGUGCCAUCAAAAGCAUCAAGAUCAAGGAGCCCGAGAAGCCCAAAGAUGACAACAAGCCCGAGACUAAAGGUGACAGCAAGCCCGAGACUAAAGGUGACAACAAGCAUGAAUGUGGCGGCAAGCCUAAAUGUGACUGUAAGCCUAAAUGUGAUGACAAACCUAAAUGUGACAACAAACCUAAAUGUGACGGUAAGAAAGAUCCUGUUGUGCCAGAGUGCCCACCGCCUGUACGAACAUGUUGUAUGGAUUGUUGCCAGGGGCAUGCAGGUGGCCCGUGCUGCAGUGGUUAUGGCGGCAAUAAAAAAGAUGACUGCAAGCCUAAUGAUCCUGUUGUGCCAAAGUGCCCACCACCUGUCACAGUGUGUUGUAUGGAUUGUUGCCAGGGGCAUGUAGGUGGGCCGUGCUGCAGUGGUUAUGGCGGUAAAAAAAAAGAUGAUUGCAAGCCUAAAGAUCUUGCUGUGCUAGGGUACCCAAUGCCUGUCCGCACAUGUUGUAUGGAUUGUUACCAGGGGCAUGCAGAUGGCCCGUGCUACAGUGGUUGUGGCGGCGGCCAUGCUACAGUGGUUGUGGCGGGCGGCCAUGCUACAAUGGUUGUGGCGAGCGGCCCUGCUACAGUGGUUAUGGCGGGCGGCCAGCCCCGUACAUCCAAUAUGAUGGUUACUAUAGGAGGCCUGUGUAUAACAGUUACGGCGGUGACAACAUGGGGUAUUGUGUUACUCACCCUGACUAUUUCAGUGAAGAAAAUCCCUCAGCUUGCCCAGUCAUGUAAAUCAUCGAUCAUCUUGUUGGACCGUGACACCUUUUUCAAUCUAGGGAUAAUAUUUUAGCAGUG